GUGUUCACACGACUCUGUGGUUCACUAUGAGGGAACUUGCCAUCAUUUUACUCCUUUUUGCUCUGAAGCACAACAUUCAGGCACAAACUCAGAAACCAGAGGCCUGCAGUCUGAAACCAGAUGAAGGAACGGGUGAAUCUGAUGUUGUGGUUUAUAUGUACUACGAUGAAGAAAAAGACAGUUGUUUUCCAUUCCGGUACAAAGGGCAGGGUGGAAAUGCAAACCGUUUCUAUAUAGAGAAGCAGUGCAUGAGAAACUGUUCUCACAGAGCUGAAGAGCUGUUCCCAAGAGACGAACGCAAAGCUUGCAUGCUUCCAAAAGAAGCAGGGCAAUGUUUCGGUCACUAUCUGCGGUAUUACUACAGUCCUGAACAUCACACAUGCACUUCUUUCUACUGGACCGGAUGUGUGGGAAACGGAAACCGAUUCCUCACUGCUGACUGGUGCAAUGCCACGUGUUUCAAUGCAGCAGAUCAAGGCCACGAGGACCAUUCAGGUGAAUCAUAUGUAGGCCUACCAGUUGGUAAGUGAAACAUGAAUAUUAUGUUUUCAACUCAUUCAACUAAUUUAUCCACCGAUAUUAAUUCAAUUAAUUCAUUCUCCCAUCAGGAAUUAUCUGGGGUGCUGCACUUGGUCUUAUUGGUGUCAUUAUUUUCACUGUGGUGAUUGUCUUUGCUGUCAAGAAGAAGUCUUCCCACACCCAGGUGUCAUAUGAGCAGUGCAAAACAAAUCAACCAUUUUAUAUAAACUUGUCAAUAUACACCUAUUAAUGUCCAAUCAAUGAUGUCUUCUGCUAUAUCUGUAAGUGAACUUAUUUCAAAUUCUGCAAAACAAUAAAGUUUCAUUUGACUUAGCGC